CUCUAUAUAUAAGCAGAAAAAUCGCCAAUGCUCUCUCUCACUCACUCUAUCUCUCUCCAUUGUUCCUACAAUUCCAUGCUAGAAACCAACGAAUCACAGAAAGCGUGUUUUUCACACAUCCAUUUGAGUGCAAGAAUUAAGCAGUCUCCCAGCAGUUCACUUUGCAUCUCCGUCCUCUCCUGCUACAGUUUCUUUUCUGCAUUGUUCGGACACUAGACGCUGUCGUUCUGGUCCUUGUAGCCAGCCCCAGCCCCCACUGAGUGUCACCAAGUACACACACACUCACUUUAAGAAACUGUACUUUUGGUAGUAAAUGUAUAAAUCUUUGUUCGUUGGGAUCAUCAAAUAUUCCUCUGCGGUUCCUGGAUCUGGUGGUAUUUGGAGCUGAGCAGCAACUUCGUUUCUUGUUGUUGGUUCGUUCUGAGAAAUAAAUGGGGAAAACGGGCAGAGAUUGGACGCAGAUCUACGCGAUCUACGGCGUGGAUGACUGGCAGACGCCGGUGUUCCUCCUCCUCCAUGCCGUUGGCUUCUCCGUUCUCUCCGUCCUGUUUCUCCUCUACUUCGAGCCCAUUUGCUUCUUUCUGCAGCAUUUUCUCCCCGGACCUUCCUCGGCCCGCUUCGCCGCCGGCUUCACGGGCUCCGUCACGGCCCUCUCCGCCGUCUGCCUCUUCUUCGCGGCGGCCAACUUCUUCUACUCUUCCGUGUCCCUCCACUGGGACAUGUCCCAGCGCAUCGUCUCAUCGGUUCCCGACUGGUCCUCCGUUAAGCACGCCCUCGACCUCGGAUGCGGCCGGGGGAUACUCCUCAACGCUGUCGCCAUGCAGCUCAAGAAGUCCGGAUCCUCCGGCAGGGUUGUAGGGCUCAGUCCGGCCCGAGCACAGGCCCAAAACAAAUCCCUCAGCCCGACCCGCACACUGAGAACCGCCGGCCUCGAGGGCGUCCAGGAGUACGUCACUUGCAGGCCCGGAGACCCGAGAACACUGCCGUUCAGCGACAGCUAUUUCGACGUGGUGGUGUCGGCAGUGUUCGUGCACACGGUGGGGAAAGAAUUCGGGCCGAAGUCGGCGGCGGCAGCGGCGGAGCGGAUGAGGGUGUUGGGGGAGGUGGUGCGGGUGCUGAAACCCGGGGGGGUAGCAGUGGUGUGGGACCUGGUGCACGCGCCGGAGUACGUGCAGAGAUUGAAUGAGCUGAAGAUGGAGGACAUAAGGGUGUCGGAGCGCGUGACGGCGUUUAUGGCCAGCAGCCACAUCGUCUCAUUCCGGAAGCCACGUCAGCACUUCGUGGGCCCCGGCGAAGUGAGACUUGAUUGGAGAUUCAACAAUCUUUGUUGACAUUUCAAAUUCCUAAAUUACAAAAAAAAAAAAGAAAAUCCAUACUAUGAUAAUUAGGAUAAUUUAAACAAACCUCCUUUUUUGUUACUAUUUUUGUUUUUAGGUGCAAUUAAAAAAAUUAGAAAUACGUCUGGGGAUACGAAGUGGAACCAGAUACAUUGUAAGUCGUAUAAAUCUAAACUUUUUUUUCUUUUUUUAAUGGAAAUUGUAAAUAUAUAUGAUAAAGAAUAUUAUUAUAUUUUUAGGUCGACGUUUUAUUAUUUAUCUUAUAUAUAAAUGUUGCAAUUGUAUU